ACGAGUUACGAAGUUACUACAAGCGGCAAACGGAGGCGACGCCAAACAAUGUGGGAAACGGAAUGGCAUUGCCACAGUCGCGACUGCCAUAGCAAAUUUGACACGGAGCCGCCGGAAAAAUCCCAACAAAUACAGAAGAACCACAAGAAUCUGUUGGCUGAUGCGCCCAUAGAAAUUCCUUUCGCAGCUUAAAACCUCCAUUAUUUUGCAAUACCACUCUCUCUCUCUACAACUCAAUUCACAGAAAUUGCAACAAACAGUGCCAACCAUGGUGACGCUAGUGGUGGCAACGACAAUCGAUCCAGCAUCCAUCAAUCCUGCAAACGAGCUCCUCGCCAUGCCCGGAUGGCUCCCCGGCCCUCCUCUCCAGGAAAUGAAAAGCUUCGCCAAUCGAGAUGUGAGGCUGCUGCAACACGACAGGAGUAUUGUUGUUGAGGAUGACCUCGACAAUCGUUGGGAGGAGCUCACCGGCGAGGUCGUGGACGAGGUCAUUUUCUUCAGCCGGCAUACUGCUGUUUCGAAUCGUCCUGCACUCACUGUUCAUCCGAUUGGGGUUCCUCAUUUGCGAGAUGGGGAAGUUCCGCCGCAAGGAGGGAAGCCUGGAUGGGCGGCGCCGCCGAGCCCUCGUAUAGGUCCUUGGCUGAGGCUAUUGAAGGGCAUUGCACAAUCCCAUAACUUAGUGCCAGAGUUCGAGAUUACGUUGGAGGGUACUCAUCAUGGACCUGUGACAAAUAAACCAACCCUGUUUCUGGAAAUUGGCAGUACAGACGAGUAUUGGAGGAGGCAAGAUGCUGCCCGUGUUGUUGCUCUACUUGUCUGGGAAGGACUUGCUAUCGGAGGAGGAAACGAUGUAGGAAACUGGAACAGCAGGGAACAUGGCAAGAACAAUAAAGUCCUUCUGGGCAUCGGGGGUGGACAUUAUGCACCUCGCCACAUGGACAUAGUUCUAAAAGAUGGAGUUUGGGUAAGCCACUUGCUCUCUGGAUAUUCAUUGCCAAUGGAAGAUCUGAACCAGUCGAAUGGCGAAACAAACAACAAAGGUAUCGGCGGUAGCUGGAAAGAAGCGAUUAAAGCAGCAUAUGAGGCUACUAAAUUGGCUUUCCCAGGUGGAGAGAUCAUAGCACACCUUGAUCACAAGAGUUUCAAGGGCUGGCAGAAGAAUGCCAUAACAGGGUUCUUGGGUGAACAGGGCAUUAAGAUUGGGAAACCAAAUGACUUCUACUGAUAUUAUUCUUCUGAAGAGAACAUCACUCAAGAUUAGCUUUUCAGACACUUCAGUUAAUCAGUGAAUUGAGUUAUUGAAAGGAAAUAUUUAUAUCAUUAUUAUAUAUCAUCCAUCAUUUAACAUGUUCCUUUAUCAUCAUAUUCUUGUUUGCUUGAAUAGGAAAGGUUGAAGAUUAUUAAAAAUGAUCUCCAAGAUAUGAAAAUGGACUUUAUUUUUGGUU